AUUUAAUUCUUUUCCGCUUAAAAAUAAUUUUCACAUCAUUUAGGUGCUUCGGGUUAUGACAGAAAUGAAAAGUCUACCUUUUGGUUUUAAAUUUAACUCUGAAGGAGAAUAUUUCACCAUCUCUGCGUCUUAUCACUCAAUGACUUCAUCGUGCUGAAGUUUAACCAGAACACAAGAUUCAUUUUCACCUGAAGCACUAUGCUGCUCCUAGUGUUUUUUGUCGGUCUUUUUAGCAGUCCAACAGAGACUGUUGGAGAUUCGUAUGUUGCAGCCGUGUUCGAGCACAGGGUCAUCUUAAACCCAGACCCCCGGGUCCCCGUGACCCGCCAUGAAGCCCUGCAGCACAUGACGAAAAACCUGGAUGUGUACGAAGAGCAGGCCGCGCGCGCCGCACAGCAGCUGGUCUUCCCAGAGGAUGGGAUUCAUGGCUUUAACUUCACUCGUUCCUCCAUCUCUGCAUACCUGGAAACCAUCCCUGAUCCUCAGCGGGAGAGCUGGAACCCCUGCAUGGAGCCAGGCAGACACAACAACACUGAGGUUCUCCAGCGAUUAAGCUGUAUUGCUCGCCGUAACAAGCUCUACGUGGUGGCCAACAUGCCAGAUCUGCAACCCUGCCCUCUGCCGAGUGACCCAUCCUCAUCCUGCCCCCCCGAUGGACGCUGGCAGUUCAACACCAAUGUGGUCUUCAGUUCUGAAGGCCAGCUUGUUGCACGCUACCAUAAACAAAACCUGUACUUUGAGGAUUCCUUUGACACGCCCCCACAGCCUGAAGUCAUUACAUUUGACACACCUUUUGGGGGAAGGUUUGGACUCAUGAUCUGUUUCGAUCUUCUCUUCCGUGACCCAACAGUAACUUUAGUGGAAAGGGGGGUCCGUCAGCUGAUCUUCCCCACCGCUUGGAUGAACGCUCUCCCUCUACUGGACUCCAUCCAGUUUCAACGCGCUUUUAGUCUCGGCGCCAAUGUCACCCUGCUGGCCGCCAACACCCGCAACGACGGACUCAUCAUGACCGGAAGCGGCAUCUUUACUCCGUUCUCUGCAACUUACCACCACGCCCAGGAAGGUGACCCGGAGGAGGGCAAGCUUCUGGUGGCCAGAGUGCCGGUCUUAGAGGAGAUGCCGGGUGUGGUAGCAGAGGUUCAAUCUCCGUCAUUGAUGGCUACAGACCACUGCACCACAGAGAGCUGUGCCGACCACUCUACUGAUCUCACCUCUUCAUCUUUCCUCUCAUACAUGAUGCAUGAUCCGUUCACAUUCGUCCUCCUGAACAAGAUGGAGGACAAUCUCAAAGUCUGCAAUGGUACUUUUUGCUGUGUGCUCCGGUACAAAUGGACGGCACAAAGCAAAGAGCUGUAUGCACUAGGAGCUUUUUCAGGUCUGCACACAGUGAAUGGACGCUACAGUCUGCAGGUCUGUGCGGUUGUGCGCUGUGCGAAUGAGGACCCCAGCUCCUGUGGAGAAGAAGUAGAAGAGGCCGAGUCUAAAAUGGACUUUGUGCUGGAGGGCUGGUUCGAUACCAAAUACGUGUACCCGUCGGUUCUGGUGAGCCGCAUGGUUCUGGAACAGCCUGAGCAUCUGGAGAAAACGGAGAAUGGGAGAGUGGCGAUGAAACACUCCAACAUGGGAGGAGGCCUGAUCACCGCCUGUCUGUACGGACGAAUGUACCACCUGGACAAUGAAUGAACAGUUCUCUAAAACAAGUGUGACCGAGAACAAGGAAAACCUCUGAAUCAUGAGGAAAAUAAAAUAUCUGUAAACAAA